GGCUGCCAAACGGCAGAUUAAGUGUCCAUCAUCUUGGGCAUGACUCUCAGUCCAGCACUUGCUCCUGUCUCUUUGCACCUCAGCUGGGAUAGAGUGCACAACUAUGUCUCACCGUAAAUUCCAUGCCCCCCGUCACGGGCACCUGGGGUUCCUGCCCCGCAAGCGCAGCCGCAAGCACAGGGGGAAGGUGCGCAGCUGGCCCAAGGACGACCCCAGCAAACCCGUCCACCUCACCGCCUUCCUCGGCUACAAGGCCGGCAUGACCCACACUCUCAGGGAGACCUCACGCACUGGCUCCAAGCUCUCCAAGCGUGAGGUUGUGGAGGCGGUGACCAUCAUUGAGACUCCACCCGUGGUGGUGGUGGGACUGGUGGGUUACAUCAACACCAUCAGAGGCCUGCGCAACUUCAAGACCAUCUUCGCCGAGCACAUGAGCGACGAGUGCCGACGCAGAUUCUACAAAAACUGGUAUAAGAGUAAGAAGAAGGCUUUCACAAAGUACAGCAAGAAGUGGACCGAUGAGACCGGUAAGAAGCAACUGGAGAAGGACUUUGACGCCAUGAAGAAGUACUGCUCCGUCAUCCGCGUCAUCGUGCACACACAGGUGCGUCUGCUGCCCCUGCGGCAGAAGAAGGCCCACCUGAUGGAGGUUCAGCUGAAUGGCGGCUCCGUCUCUGACAAGGUGGACUGGGCCAAGGAGAGGCUGGAGCAGGCCGUGCCCGUGACCUCAGUCUUCAGCCAGGACGAGAUGAUCGACGUCAUCGGGGUCACCAAGGGUCACGGCUUCAAAGGUGUGACGAGCCGCUGGCACACCAAGAAGCUUCCCAGGAAGACCCACAAGGGCCUGCGCAAGGUGGCCUGCAUUGGGGCCUGGCAUCCAUCCCGUGUGGGCUACACCAUCGCCCGCGCUGGACAGAAGGGCUACAACCACCGCACCGAAAUCAACAAGAAGAUUUACCGUGUUGGCAAAGCAGUCCAUGUCCAGGAUGGCAAAGUUGUGCGCAACAACGGCUCCACGAAUUACGACACCACUCAGAAGACUGUCACCCCCAUGGGUGCUUUCCCUCACUAUGGAGACGUGAACAAUGACUUCCUUAUGGUGAAGGGCUGUGUGGUCGGCACCAAAAAGCGUGUCCUCACUCUCAGAAAGUCUCUCCUGGUGCACACAUCACGCAAGGCUAAGGAGACCAUUGAACUCAAGUUCAUUGACACCACAUCCAAGUUCGGUCACGGCCGCUUCCAGACUGACCAGGAGAAGAGGGCGUUUAUGGGUCCACUUAAGAAGGACGCCUUUAAGAAACACCAACCAGAAACUCAGACAGAUGAGCUGGACUGAGAUCACAACACGGAAGACAUUUCACACCAGUAGAAUGAAAUACAGCAAAUGGAAAAUAAAAUAAUGGUCUUUACAAAAUG